CCCUCCCCGCCGUACCGAGCAGCGGCGGAGCCGAGCGGAGCCGGCGCGGCCCCGCGGAGGGCGGCGGCAGCGCGGGGCAUGGGGCCCGGCGGGCGGCGGGCGGGAGCGGGGCUGUCGGCGUCGGAGUGAGCACGGGAGACGCCGGCGGAGCGCUGCCCCCCGCCGCUGCCACCGCCACCGCCCUCGGAGACAGACCUUGCGCGGUGCCGCCCGGCCCGGCUCGGAUGCCGCCAUGGGGAGCCGCUUCUCCAGCAUCCCCGCGCUACCCCGCGGCGGCCAGAGCCGCCUGCACCGCGCCCGCCACCACCACCUCAAAGGGAUGUGGGACAGAAGUGAGAUGAAGAGUUGUCUUGGCCACCACUACCUGUUCAUUUCAUCUGCAGAUUCCAUAGGUGGGUCAUUUUCAGCUUCCUCCCACCGAUGCCACCACAAGCAGAAGCACUGUCUCCCCAUCCCACAGUGUGGAGCUCUGUCCAUCAGCCCUCUGCUUUUCCAUCCUCACACGAAGGGAUCCCAGAUCAUCAUGGACACGACACAGAAGGCAGUGAAGCGCCAGGCUAGCUUCUGCAAUGCCAUUACCUUCAGCAACAGGCCCAUUGUUAUUUACGAACAAGUCAGGCUUAAGAUCACUAAAAAACAGUGUUGCUGGAGUGGGGCUCUCCGACUCGGGUUUACUUCCAAGGAUCCAUCCAGGAUUAACCCUGACACUCUGCCGAAGUAUGCGUGCCCUGACUUGGUUUCCCAAAGUGGUUUUUGGGCCAAGGCUCUGCCAGAAGAGUUUGCGAAUGAGGGAAACAUCAUAGCCUUCUGGGUGGACAAGAAGGGACGAGUUUUCUAUCGGGUGAACGACUCCGCUGCGAUGCUCUUCUUCAGCGGAGUGAGGACGGCAGAACCCCUCUGGGCUUUGAUCGACGUCUACGGCCUCACCCGUGGAGUGCAGCUCUUAGACAGUGAAAUCAUUCCUCCCGACUGCCUGCGGCCCCGCUCCUUCACCGCCAUCCGCCGGCCCUCCUUGCGGCGGGAGACGGAGGACACGCGCCUCUCGGUCAGCCUGUGCGACCUCAAUCUGCAGGAGGAGACCUUCCAUGUGACGGCCACCACAUGCCCCAUCCCACAGAACUCCCUUAACUCCCAGCACUCCCACCUCCUCCCCUCCCAGCUGGAGAGCGACCUCCGCUUCCAUCAUCUCCGGGGACCCCACGUGAAAAUCCUUGAUGACCAAACCGUGGCCCGUCUGGAGCACGCUCGGGAGGAGAGGACUUUGGUUUUCACCAACAGACCCCUUCGGAUCAAUGAAACCAUUUUUGUCAAAAUCAACAAGUCUAACGCUGUGCGCACAGGGACACUGUCCUACGGGGUGACGUCCUGCGACCCCAGCACCUUGCGCCCUGGUGACCUCCCAUAUAACCCCGAGUCCUUGGUUGACCGAAAGGAGUUCUGGGCCAUCUGCCGAGUCGUGGUGCCCCUCCAGAGCGGUGACAUCCUGGGAUUUAUGGUGAAUUCAGAUGGCGAGCUGCAUUUGAGUCACAACGGUGCUGGCACUGGCAUGCAGGUCUGCGUGGACUGUUCCCAGCCCCUCUGGAUGUUCUUCGUUUUACAUGGUGCAGUCACACAAGUUCGACUGUUGGGUUCCACCAUACUAGCUGACCGGCUGGGACUGUCUACGCCAAGCUCACCCACAUCGACACCCAAUUCCCCCACUGUCCUCUGCAGCGGUGUCUCUGACCCCAUAUUGUCUACGUGUGGCUCUGGUCCCCUCUGCAGCUCUAUCAGUGGCACAGCUCCCAACUCUCCCAUCAGCUUGCCUGAGUCACCCAUCUCCCCCUCCAUCUCAGGGCCCUGGGGAGAUGAAUGCACCAUCUGCUACGAGAACAUGGUAGACACAGUCAUUUACUCCUGUGGACACAUGUGUCUCUGCUAUUCGUGUGGGCUGAAGCUCAAGAAGAUGGCCAACGCUUGCUGCCCUAUUUGCAGACGGGCCAUCAAAGAUAUCAUCAAAACAUACCGCAGCACUUAGAGCAGCAGCAGCAGGUGCUGUGGUGGGGACUGGGGCAGGUGGGGCAGGCUGUGAAACUACACAGGUCUUGGUCUCUACUCAUCAUUCAGGAGGUUUGAAAAUCAUCAUCCACAUGCCUUUUUCCAUGGACCCUCCAAGCAAGCCCUGGGCAUGAACUCCAGAGUGUCAGGAAAGUUGCGAAAGACUACUUUUCCUUGUGGAUUUUAAACUUAAUCUCAAAAAGAAAACCAACCAGCCAGUGCAAUCAUCCCUUUUCUACACCUUUUCUGCACAGGGAAGUCUCCAAUGUUUAGCAGGGACAGCAAGCAGUAAAAGGUUCAGUGCUACACAUCUCCUUCCAGAGACACCCUGCAUGCAGAGGACAGCUUAGCAGAAGAGGAGAAACAAGCAACAUGUUUCUGUGCACAGCCAGCCUGAUCAUAGGAAACCACUUAGAAAGGAUGGAGCAAGGCAAGCUUUGACCCAGCGAGCAAGAUGCAGUGAGCACUGAGGAUGGGGCCAGUGCAGAAAAGUACCCAGGAUUUGUGAAGCAAACCCCACCCUGUGUCUGCAGGCAGAAGAGCAGACUCACUGCAGCCCCUGUAGGACUGUCCCUACUCUUCCCUUGCAGAGGCAUUUGUGGCAGGUUUGGCAGGCAACACUGGCACUGGCUUUGCUCCCUCCCAGCAGCAUCAAGUCACCUCCUGUUGCACGACAAGCAGCUCUCUAACCCCACCACCACCGAAUUGCUGCGGCCUGUCCAGAAUGGUCUCCAUGCAGCACGAGGGAUUUGGCAGCAUCUCUACACCCAUGGGCUUGUGGGAGAGCGAGAUGUGUCUCCUUUCCUCCCUCUACCAUCCAGACAGCACUUCUGAGGGAGAAAAUAAAGGAAAAAAAGAAACAAGAACCCCAGCCACACCCAGGAAGAAUGUAUAAACCCACAGGUCUGCGGGUUUCAUUUACUGGUAACUUUAUCACUGUGCUUUAAGACAAAACCAGCCAGGUGGUACUCAGCCCUUCACAGCCAGCCCGCCAGCAGGACAUGGCUGUCCUUACAAAAGGAACUAGCAUAAAAAACAGCUUGAGGGAUCUGGUUUGCUUUGGUUUAUUUAAAUAAAUCUGCUUCCAUCCUACCCCAGUUGGGAACCCGGCGGUUCCCAUGGUGGGUGCCUGCAAUGGCAGCCCCCAUGGUUGCUGUGACAACCACAGCUCUGCCAUGGCCACUGGCCUAGCCCAGGGCUGCUGGUCCCUGUGCCCAGGCAGGGUGGCUCUGCGGCAGCAGGAGCUGCCUGUCUUUGCUCCAGCCCCAUCCUGCUGCCUUCCAGGGCUGUGUGGGAGGAAGAGAUGGUGUCUGGGCCCUGAGGGGUGAUCAGGCCUGGGGUGCAGCAGCAGUGUUUGCACUGUGUUGCCCAUCAGGCAUUGAGUUACAUCCCUCCUGCUGAGCCUUUUCCUGCACUUCAGCAUAUGGCUGCUGAUGGGACGUAAGGGCACAGCGUGGCAAACAUGGCUGCUCGCUGCAGGGAGGCAUCAUGGCCUGCCCCCCACCAGCAGCUGGGUGAAGGAGCACUCACAGAGGCUGCUCCUGAGAACGCCCAGAAAAUAUGUCGUCACCCUGUCCUCUCAAGGAAGUAAAAGAACUACUAGCUGGAGAACGCAUUGUAGAGCCUUUCUAUGAAGGCACUGCCAUCACUGCAGCCUAGGACAGUGGUCUACAAUCCCCCGCAGCCUGCCCUGGCAGGCAGUGCUAACUUGAAUGCUGAUAUUCUGGUUACAGGGAUUUACAUUAUUUCUUUGCAUACCUCUUGUACAGCCCAAACCCAGCCCUGCCCUCCAGGCUGGCUGUCAAAAAGCCCCAGAGCACCAUGGCUCACAUGCCCAGACACCCUCAUGGAAGGGUGGGAGGAGGCCAGGUUGGCACAAAUCUGGGGGUUGGCAGCAGCCACAGCAGGAGCACGGCCAGUCCACAGGCAUGUAGCCAGCUCCCCAGGAACAGAGCAUGACCGGCAGACACAGGGAGGCUGCCUCAGCAGUGAUAGAAUCUCCAGCACAAAGAUUUUGGAGAGAAAAAAAAACUAAGAGGUAAGAAGGUAUUGAUGAAAUAGUGGAUAUGGGGAAACGUGCAAUAAGCAGCCUCCCAAGCCUUCACCACACCAGUGGGACUGGUUUCCCUCCAUGCAGGGCAAGCCAAGGGGUACAUUUUAUUUUUCAAGAAACUCCGUCCAUGGGUACCAGUACAGUGGUGUAAAUUCCCUUUUCACCUUUGAAAUUCAGAGUGUUUUAAUAUAUAACUGUGUUUGUUUUACUGUGGACCAAACUCUAGGAGUUAGCAGAAGCUGAAAGCAUUCCCAGCAUCUGAACUCAAAAAUUGGGUUUAAGUCCAUCAGCUGCCCUCCGGUCAUGAGCAAGGAGGAGGAGAGCAAGGCUCCCUUCAGGGAGGAAAAAAUAAAAUAAAAGUGAAAAAAAGCAAAAGCAGUAACAACAACCCAACAAUCCUAACCUUUGGUUUUGUUUGACUGGUGUAGGUUCCCACGUACCUCUGUGUUCUUGUGUCAUUUGCAUUUCAUUGCUUUACUUUAAGAUGUUUUGUGUUCUGUUUAAAAAGAAGAAUUAAGUCAUUGUGAAAAAUUGGAUAACUGUGAUUGUGAAUAAAGUUGAUUUAGGUAUCCUGCA